CACAAUAUGAAUUUCAGAGGUCGAAAAAAAAAUGUGGGUCUCUGACAUUACCCUUUCAGACAUAGAAGCUGUCUUCUUCAAACCCUCAAGCUACAUCACAUGUUUUUGUACAUACUGAAACAAGAAGCAGCAAAGCUAAAGUAAGAAACUGAAGAUCCCGAAGCUACGGAUACCCAUCAUAACAAGACAGCUGCAUAAAUAAUAAUAAUAGUAUGUUGUUAUCAUACUAUUGCUAUCUUCUCUGCUUCACAACACUUUGUUUAGCAGAAGACCCUUAUGUAUAUUUUGACUGGACUAUUUCCUACAUUACAGCUUCUCCUCUUGGAAUUAAGCAGCAGGUAAUUGGGAUAAACGGUCAAUUUCCAGGACCCAUUCUGAAUGUUACUACCAACUGGAAUGUGGUUGUCAAUGUUAAAAAUGAUCUUGAUGAGCCUAUGCUUCUUACAUGGAAUGGCAUUCAGCAGAGAAAGGAUACAUGGCAAGAUGGUGUAUCUGGCACAAAUUGUCCCAUUCCAGCUAGCUGGAAUUGGACAUAUGAAUUUCAAGUUAAAGAUCAGAUAGGCAGUUUCUUUUAUUUCCCUUCCUUACGCUUCCAGAGAGCUGCUGGUGGAUAUGGAGGUAUCACUAUUAACAACAGAAAUGUCAUUCCACUGCCGUUUGCGACACCAGAUGGGGACAUCACACUCUUUAUUAGUGACUGGUUUAUAAAGAGUCAUAAGGAACUCAGAAAAGAAAUCGAAACUGGAGUUGGCCUUGGAGCUCCUGAUGGUAUCCUAAUCAAUGGACUAGGUCCUUACCAUUAUGAUAAUGCUGUUGUAUCAGGCGGUAUAAGCUACCAGACAGUUAAUGUAGAAUCAGGAAAAACGUACCGCCUUCGAGUACACAAUGUUGGUGUUUCAACUAGCUUGAAUUUCAGAAUCCAAAGUCAUAACCUUCUUCUUGUGGAGACUGAAGGUUCAUAUACAGUACAACAGAACUACACAAGCUUGGAUAUCCACGUCGGUCAAUCAUAUUCAUUUCUUGUUACAAUGGAUCAGAAUGGCAGCAGUGAUUAUUACAUUGUUGCUAGUCCACGAUUUGUUAAUUCCUCUGAUUCGUCGAAGUCGGUAGGAGUCUCUGUCUUGCAUUACUCAAAUUCGCAAGGACCCGCUUCAGGUCCUCUUCCAGACCCUCCUAUGGAAUCUGACACAUUUUUCUCAAUGAGUCAAGCAAGAUCCAUAAGAUGGAAUGUUUCUGCUGGUGCGGCACGGCCAAACCCCCAAGGAUCCUUCAAAUAUGGUGAAAUCACUGUGACUGAUGUCUUUGUCCUUCAUAACAGGCCUGCAGAGCUAAUAGAAGGGAAAUGGCGCACUACUCUCAGUGGUAUUUCAUACUUAGCGCCUUCAACACCUCUAAAACUUGCUGAGCAAUUUAACAUCCCAAGCGUCUUCAAGCUUGACUUCCCCAAUAAAAUGAUGAACAGGCCGGCAAAAGUUGAUACGUCAGUAAUUAAUGGUACUUACAAAGCAUUCGUGGAAAUCAUAUUCCAAAACAAUGACACAACUGUUCAGAGCUAUCACCUUGAUGGCUACGCCUUUUUUGUUGUCGGCAUGGACUACGGGCUAUGGACGGAGAAUAGUAGAAGCACCUACAACAAAUGGGAUGGUGUUGCUCGAUGCACUACCCAGGUGUUUCCAGGUGCUUGGACUGCCAUUUUAGUUUUCCUAGACAAUCCUGGCAUUUGGAAUUUACGUGCUCAAAACCUUGACUCGUGGUACCUUGGUCAAGAAACUUAUAUUAAUGUGGUGAAUCCGGAGAACUCUGAGCUUCCAGUUCCAGCUAACACCAUCUUUUGUGGUGCACUGUCACCUUUACAGAAGGACCAAGCUCGGAGAGUAAAUUUCUCUUGUGCACCAUCGUUGAUGAAAACAAUGAAGCUGAUCUUUAUAGGUUUUGUUGUAUCGCUGCUUGGAAAUUUUCUGAGGUAACUAAUUGUCCUAAAGGCAGAAGAAAGAUAGAAAUUGCCACAUAAUUGAGUCUUUGGGCUAAUUGGUUUUUCUUUUUUAUAUGCCUUGGAAUACGUAACUAGUUGUACCCCUUAUAUUUAGGCAUCUUCACGUCAACUGUGAAUCAAUUUUCUGUUUCUUGUAUGCUUUAAUUUAAUAUUAUUCAAAUGUAUUUAUCGAAUAGAACAUUAUUCUUGGCACUUCACAAGCAUGUCCUUUUUGUUAGUA